AUGACACCGCAGGUCCAAUACUUGGUUGAGUCGCCUCUUCCCACCCCGCCGGCUCAGGAGGUCCAAAUUGAGCAGCGUGGCAUCAGAGUUACUUGGACUCACGAACUACACGAAAGCUUCUAUGACUGGGCAUUUAUCAGGCACUACCUUGACAACAAAGCAAGGGCUCUGCCGUCCAGAAACCGUCAACUCUGGGGUGCCGAGAUUAAAGAAAACCCACCGACCGUAACAUUCGCUGAAGUCAUGGACUCUGAAAGUGGCGUAGCUAAGAUGACAGGCCUGAUCAGGAAAUUUGGGCUUGUGUUUGUCAACGAUACCCCGUUUGAUGACUCGAUACACACCAAGAAGCUCCUGGAGCGUAUUGGGCCCAUCAGAGAAACCCACUACGGCGGUUUCUACGACUUCAUUCCGGAUAUGGCCAAGGCGGACACGGCGUACACAAACAUAGCGUUGGCUGCGCACACUGACACCACCUACUUCACAGAUCCUGCCGGACUGCAAGCAUUUCACCUCCUGUCUCACACUCCAUCCCCAGGCGAGCCAGAUGCAACAGGGGGGGAGUCGUUGCUUGUUGACGGAUUCAAUGCUGCUGAAAAACUACGGGAGUCUGACAGGGCCCUUUUCUACGAGUUAGCCAAAAGAGGUCUUCCGUGGCAUGCGAGUGGCAAUGAGGGGGUCACCAUCACUCCAGAUCAACUAUACAGCGUUAUUGAGCUCGAAAAUGAUAUAGAAACAGUGCAGAAGAUCAGGUGGAAUAAUGACGACAGAGGCGUGCUGCCUUUGCCGAAGAAAUCCAGCCCCUCGCGCCAAAUGCUUUGGUACAAUGCCGCAUCCAAGUGGGAGCAGAUACUCAGAAGCAAGGAAUUGGAAUACUGGUUCCAACUGAAGCCCGGGACGAUCGUGAUCUUCGACAACCACCGAGUCCUCCACGGCAGGAGCGCCUUCACAGGGCUGAGAAGAAUUUGCGGUGGCUACAUAAGCAUGGACGACUUUGUGUCUCGCUGGCGAAACACGAAUCUGCCGAGAGAAGAAGUGCUGGCCCAGGUGAUCGGGUGA